UCUUAUUCAACCUUCACAUAAGUUCUACAAAGACAGACGAUGAAAGGGUCAACACAUUUUGCGCUGCCGUUGCUUCUGCCGAUUGUGUUAUGUAGUUGUAAUGUGAGUGCCUGGGUGCAACUGCAGCGACUAGCUACAGGAUUAAAUCCUGUGAGUGUUCAUUCAACCGACGCAUUCAGAGGUCGUAAUCGUGUGCGAUUUGCUCAGAGCCAGGAUGAGAACGAACCUUCUCCCAUGGGCGCGGACUCUACCAGACCCAUUUCUGAUUUAAGUGGUAAGACGCUUUACCAACGUGUCUUUUACCGUUUCAGUCCAGGCUCAGACGUCGAAAUUCACGACUCCAUUGUUGUGGAGGAGCGCGUUCGAUUCGAACCCGAUCCUUCCAAAGGCGAAGAUUACAUUCGUCCAGUCGGACCACGUACACUUAUCCUCCGAGAUGGAGACGUGGAAGAUGGUGAAAUUGGAGAUGACUUUUUUACACUAGACGUGCACGAUUCUUUACCAACGCAUCGCGGCGCCGGAAAAGACGCGGAAAUGGAAGGCACCAUUGCAACGGCCCUUUACCUUGCGUCGACCCCUUCACUGUGUCAGGGGCAGGUGCUGGAAGUUGCAUGCGACAUGGGGUUGGCGUCUUUGCUGGGGGCGAUCGGAGCUGGCUACGUAACUCGGAAAAGAGACGGUUCGCUCGGAACCAAGAAGGAGGAGACUGACGAGAUUUUGACCGUUCCAAGCGAGUUUGAUGGUCACCACGGCUUACUGCCUGACAAACUGGAAUGUAUGACUUUGACGGACAGAGAUGAAGAGCGACUUAAUUUGGCAUUUCGAAAUGUCAAAGACUCGGGCGUAAAGGCUUCCAAGGUGACAAUUGAUACAUUGGAAUGGAGCGUCCGACGUCCACGACCUUUUACCGGCACCAAAAUGAAAGAGUAUUACACGAUCGUUACUUCUGAUGUCGCCUUUACGUAUCCAGAGGCCAAGGAGCUUGCGCGAACCGUUGCCAAUCGCCUCGAGCCGUCAUCUCCGUACAUUUCUUCUGACCGACAAUUGCCACGCUUUGUUCAUGUAUGUCCUGACGUUCGAGAAGACGUUGCUUAUUUGCAUCGUCUCUGCGAUAAGGGAUACCGGAUGUCGGUAUUGACAGGUUAUCUUAAAGUGGAAAAGCUUGCUUUUGUGCUUCAAUCACUCGAUUCAUCAAAAUCCGAGGAAUAUCUGGACGAUAUUGAGCUGGAGCUGCAAGCGUUUAAGGAAACUGUCUACCAAAGUCUGACAGCAACGCAUCAUCCAGAUUAUGCCGGAGAAGGAUCGGGCGAGCUCUUUUUCCCUGUAGAGACGGGGGAAUACGAUGGUGCCGGUGGGUCAGCCUACUUGGAACGCGAAGGGGACAGGGGGGUGUGGUAAUGCCCUUGCCAUUGCGAUAAUCGAGCUAGAGAAAGUACUAUGUAGAAAGGAUUGGUAAUGUAAGGUAGUGCUGUUAAAUUUCAGGAUUCUUAUAGUUACUUC